AUGUUAACUAUAUUAUUUACUGUAUUAUGCAAAAGCUGUACUGUGCUUGGGAGAGAGGCAGAAUUUGUUGCGCCAGAUUCCAGAAUAGAUUGUCAUCCAUCACCAAAUGCUAGCAAAGAGAGUUGUGAACAAGAAGAUUUAUUCAUCCCAGCGUGUUACUUCCCACGAAAAACUGGUUACUGCUUGAAGCAAGUAACGAAGAAAAACGCUUUUCUGACAAAUGCAACCGUGAAGAACUUUUAUGGAAAAACUUUCUCCCAAUUAAACUUCAAAACAACCAAUUACCGCAGUCUGCUUAAUAUCCGCAUCACAACACGUGAUGAACGAAGAUAUGAACCCCUCAUCGAUCUUCCACGUCGUGGCAUAAGAAGUAAAGAAGUAUUGUGCACUAUUUCUUAUUUCAAUUGUGUACGCAUUUUAGGUGGUCUUUUAUUUGCACCAAAAUACAUACAGAUUGCAACUUAUUUGUGCACUGAAAAAAUUUACGGAUUUGGUCAGCAUGCGCAUUCCACUCUGAUGCACAAUUUGACCAAGUACACCACAUGGAGUAUGUUUGCCAAAGAUAUCGCGGUGGAUGCCGAGGUGCCAAUGAGGAAUCUCUACGGUGUUCAUCCAUUUUAUUUAGCUCUCGAAGAUGAUGGGAAGGCACAUGGUGUUCUUUUUUGGAAUAGCAAUGCACAGGAAGUGACCCUCGGACCUGCGCCUCAUCUCAUUUAUCGAACAAUUGGUGGCAUGCUUGACAUUACAUUUUUCCCUGGGCCUAAACCAGCAGAUGUCAUCCAGCAGUACCUAAGUUUUACCGGUAAACCCUAUCUACCAGCGUAUUACGCUCUUGGUUUUCAGAUCAGCCGUUGGGGAUAUAGCAAGCUGGAAGAGAUGAAAACGGUCGUAAACAGGAUAAAGAAAGAAAGAAUACCACUUGAUGUAUCGUAUGUUGACAUCGACUUCAUGUACCGAUACAUGGAUUUUACCACUGGACAGGAAAAAUGGAAAGGUCUGGGUGAUUAUGCAGAUGAACUUCAUCGAGAUGGCCUUCACUUAUUCUUGAUUUUCGAUGUCGGAAUACAAGUAACACAAAACAAUACAGCCUUCGUGAAUGCGAUUAAUAUGAAUGCUGGUUUCAUUGAGUGGGAAAAUGAAAAUCAGAAAAACCAAUCGGUGCAAGAAAUGUACCCUCUAGUGGAGAAUACAAACAUAUUACUUGGCGUUGUUUGGCCUGACUGGCACGUGGCAUUUCCAGACUUUUUCAACGGUACUACUGUAAAAUGGUGGAUUCAAGAAUUCGAACAAUUCCACAGAAAGAUACCUUUUGAUGGCAUUUGGAUAGAUAUGAAUGAGCCAUCAGCAUUUGGUACCAAUGUUGAUAAACCAUGGUACUUUGAAGAUAAAGAUCGACCCGCAAAGAUCCAACCAUUAUGGUGUAAUUUAAGCAAUGAAUGGGAAAAUGUUCCCUAUCAAACAAUGGGAAUUUAUCAGCAUGGGUCGGAUACGCACCUAUGCACUAACACAUUAUGCAUGUAUGCAAGAACGAAUAAUCGAAAAAACAGAUUUUAUGACACGAAGAAUUUGUAUGGAAUUAGUCAAAUGAAGGCAACUAGUGAAGCACUUCGAAAAGCAGUCGGAAAAAGAGGUGCUCUGAUAUCCAGGUCAACAUUUGUCUCUGCUGGACGUUAUGGAAAUCUGUGGCUAGGGGAUAACUUCUCUAGAUGGCCUGAUAUGCGUAUUUCAUUAAUAAGUGUUCAAGAAUUUAAUAUGUUUGGUUUUCCAUUUGUUGGUGCAGAUAUUUGUGGUUUUAUUGAUAACACUACUGAGGAGUUGUGUCUACGUUGGCAUCAACUUGGCGCAAUUUACCCUUUUUGUCGUUUGGUAUUUCAAGCUUCACUGAAUGGAGCUACAGUGGCACGGCCUGUAUUUUUCGAAUUCCCUAACGACAAAAAUACGCAUAAUUUAGGUUAUCAGGUGUUGUGGGGUAGUGCUAUGAUGUACAUACCUGUUACUUACGAGAAAGCAAUAUCAGUUCGAGGAUAUUUACCGUUAGAAGCAAAGUGGUACUCACUGCGCGAUUUCGAAUAUGGACAAAGAGUUAAAAGUGGUUGGCAGGAUUUCUCAGCAACUCUCAGUCAAAUGAUUCCAGUAUUCGUUCGAGCUGGCUUCAUUUUACCUCGACAGAAACCCGAAAUGACAACUGCUGCAUCAAGGAAGAAUCCUUUUGAACUCUUGAUUGCACCUGGUAUAACUACUUGA